GUUUCUAUACCUAGGGCAAAUUGUCACCAACAGAGGCUGCCUUUUAUUUAUUUCAAAUGUCAAAUGUAUAGGUUAGAUACGUGGCUGAAACAAUUUUUAGAAACUACCACGUAAUUCUGAUAAAUUAUGGCUACUAUAAUCCAUUUCCUUUUAUUCGCAAUCUAUUGCAUUAACCAGAGCCUUGCAUACUUCAUAACUGUAGACGCACACGCCGAAGAAUGUUUUUUCGAAAAAGUAGACGCUGGCACAAAGUUGGGACUGGCAUUUGAAAUAGCUGAAGGAGGUUUCUUGGACAUAGAUGUCCGUAUCUUAGGACCAGAUGGAAGCACUAUUUAUCAGGCUGAAAGAGAGACCUCUGGGAAAUAUACAUUUGCAGCCCAUACAUCAGGUGUAUACACAUACUGCUUCUCAAAUAAAAUGUCUACCAUGACACCUAAAGUGGUAAUGUUUCAUAUGGCUGUUGGCGAUUCCCCCAAAGUUGAGGCUGAAGAAGGAAAAACUCAUAACAAGUUAGAAGAUAUGAUAAAGGAACUAAGUGCACAACUGACUAGUGUAAAACAGGAACAGGAAUACAUGCAAAUAAGGGACAGAAUCCAUCGCAGUAUCAAUGAAAGCACAAACUCCAGGGUUGUGAUGUGGUCCUUUUUUGAAGCACUCAUUCUCAUAGCAAUGACGCUAGGUCAAGUGUACUAUCUCAAAAGAUUUUUUGAAGUUAGGAGGGUAGUCUAAAUUAUGUUUAAGGGUUGUUUUUUCAGCCUUGAUAUAAGGACUUAUACACAGGAUCAGAUAUAUUUGGAGAUACCGAGUGGUAUUGUGGCAAUAGAUGUUUCACUGUAUACUGCAAAUGUCAAAAAUUUGCUAUCAGUAGAUGUGAGGUAUAUAGGAUAUUCAAUUCUGACUGUAACACUCAAGUUAUUAAGGUAUUACCUUCAAUAAGUUUGACUUGUAUAAUUGAGACUGCAAAAAAUGAUGCAUGGUUUCAAUAUUUCCCUUUGAAGAUCUCAAGCCAACCGUUUCUUGUGUAUCCCUCAUGUCUUUUAAGAAUUCUAUAGAUGCAACACAUCUAAAAAACUUUGAUCCAAUUUUUGCAUCUAGUAUGUAAUAAUUUUGUGAAAUUGUACAUUUUUUGCGGAACAGUAAAAACCUGUGUAUUCUAAGCUAGGAAAAUUGCAGUUUUUGUUUUUUUUUUGUUUUCAAUACCCUUCCAAUUUUUCUAGCCAAUUGAAAUGUGUAUAUAUUUGUUCAUGUAAAUUUAAUUUGUGAAUGUCAUCUGUUGUAAAUUGAAUAACAUUUAAAUACAGAAUUUUGUUAAUAUUUUUUUUUUCAGUCUAUAUUCAGAAAAUCCAAUAAAUCUUACCAAAUCUGUGAUAAACAGUAAGAACAUCUUGAACUAAAUAAUUUACCUCCUAUACAGUUAAAUUCACGUUACCAUUAUUUAUUUGAAAGACAAUAAAUAACAUUUUUUAUAUCCAUUUUAUUUAAUAACAAAAAUGUACAUUAAACUAAAAUAUAUAC